AUGCGUAUGACGCUCAGGGCUCAUUCUGCUGACUCCAAGGGCGCGAGGUUGGAAAGGACCAGAACUGUGAUUCCUCCACUGCCAAGGGACUACCACGUGCACCGCUCCGGUAACCUGCAUCCCUUCAGCCUGUCCAAGGAGCUUUCCCACAGCCAUGCAGGGCGGCCCUUCACCCUGGGUUACCCCGAAAGAUACGAACUGAGCACGAGUCCAGCCAUCCUAUUUCCCUCCGCUUUAGUCCUCAACGGCAGAAACAGCUUCUCAGUUAAGAACUGCAAGCUCAGCAGGCCUAAGGUGAACUACCCAACCUUCAACCUACUGACUGUUAAAGACAAUCAGAAAAGCCAGUCCUAUCCGGACCCAAUGGUCGGAGCCCCUCGCUCUUUCAUCCACAGGAUAUCUGAGCUGUCGUCUUUGGAGGGCGAGACGGUGAGACAAGAGAAGCUCAAGAAAAUGCGGAAACCUCGAAAGCCUCCAUCCUGACAAUCACCUCCUUCCCAGUCACACUGGUCGAGAAUAAAAACCUCUGAGUCUGUGCCAACGACUGAACAAAAUACAACACCUAGGGCACCGUGUUCAUUUCAGUGGCUCGUUCUAACUGCUUGCUUGUCCUCGGUGACAUUAGUU